CGGAUCCCGUGCCCCCCACCGAUAGCAAAGCGCCACCACACGGUGGACAAACUCAACAAAAUGGCGGCCGCCACGACCAACACAAAUCCGUCGCUGCUCCUACCGUUAGAGCUUGUUGAUAAAUGCAUUGGAUCCCGUAUUCAUAUUGUCAUGAAAAGCGACAAGGAGAUUGUUGGAACGUUACUUGGAUUUGAUGACUUUGUCAACAUGGUCUUGGAAGAUGUUGUUGAAUUUGAGUUAACGUCUGAAGGUAGGAGAAUGACCAAACUGGACCAGAUUUUGUUAAAUGGAAAUAACAUCACAAUGCUUAUUCCUGGUGGUGAAGGGCCUGAGGUAUAGCACAAGAUGACACCAGAGGACUAGGGUUGCAAGAGAUAUUUCAACCUGUGAGGUCUACCAGGUACAUAUCUUGGGGUAGGGACAUACACUGUAUGAGAUCACAACUCCAAGAUGAUGCUAUCCGGCUUGCUGUGUUUGGUCAAACUUUUCAUGAAGGUGUGACUUUUUUACCACUUUUGCCAAAAAUGCACAUGCUCUGGAGUUUUGUCAUUUCACAGAAAAUGACAUACACUCCUUUGAAACAUUAAAUUACAUAUACAUGUAUGCUUUUUGGUUAGCUUUUUUGUUUUUUUUUUUGUUUUUUUUUUUAGUUUUUACAUGUUUCACUGUAUCGGUAAAUCAUAUACAUGUACCUUCAUGAAAGCUGACUUGCAGUUUUUAUGUAUUACUGGUACAUUUAUUGUACAUUUACAUAUGCUUUUUUUCUUUGUUUUCGACACAUAAAAAACCCAUUCUGUGUAGGCCUUGAGAAAUUAUUUGUUUUCUUCACAAAGAAAUUCUAGGGAGAUAAGUCAUACUGAGGCCAAAUUAUUUCCAAUGAUUUCUGAGUAUUACUAAAAUCUUGACAACAGUCAAAGGCCUUUGAAUGUGUUCUUGUAUUUGUGUAUUCGUGAAACAAGAUUUGUUCAUUCUGUUAAUAUCUUUACUGUAAUAGGAAAUUUAAUUACAGAACAACUUUGAAUUCUGUUCAUUUAGCAUUUUGAAAAUGGUUCUUCUUGUCAGCAAAGAUGAAGAGAAAUUCCAGUGUUGAUACAUGUAGAAUCGGGGCAAGCAUCCUCGCCUGUUAAUUGCAUAAAAAAUAAUGGGAUAAUCGUUGGCUCUAAUUAUAUCAAAAGUCAUUUUGUCAUAUUAAAGUAUUAUUUUUGUCACUUAUGGACACUGUUGCCACAAUUGAGCAAAGAGGAGUUUCUUUUCAAUCUGUGUACAGACAUGAGGGCCUGUGUUUGUUUUCACUUUAUGCUUUACGUUUUUUAGUGACUCAGUAUAGCCUAAUGCACUUGUAGGAUAAUCAGUAAGAAUAGUUGUAUUUACAUGUAUCAUGUUUGUGAGGAACUCACACACUCACAUUGGGCUGUAGUAUGAUUCAGUUAUAUUUAUUUGGCAAAACUUAUCACUAUAACAAUCAUUUCAUGUGGUCUCCAAGAAUGACAAAGACAGUUACCCAUUAAGCAAACUGUAGGCAAAGAACUUAACUGACUCAAGUGGAGUAGGUCCUAUAGAUUGGAAUUACAUUUGCAUAUAGUUGCCAAAAAGCGGCUGUUUAUAGUCUUUCACCUGACUUGCUGGCAUUACUAUUACUCUCUGCAGUUUGUGCCGUUAAUAAAAAUUCAUGCAUCAAAUGA